GAAGGUGAAAAUACUUGAACGAUCUCACGAGAAAAUAUGAGAUUUUACUGAUUAUUGUUUACAUUGCAAAAACAUGAGAACCGAACCGAAUCGAUCCGGAUUCAACUGAAACGCUUCCCACAACACAACUUCCGAAAACAGAUUGGUUUCUUCCCUGCAGCUAGUCAGGAGACUGCACCCGAACUUUGUUUUGAUCGAGCUGAAAGCCAGGACCCCAAAUUCAUCGCACCACCGGGGGAGAUACCAAUAGGGGGUAACUAACGUUAGCUUAAAGACAUCAUUUAUACCUGCUGAAAAUCGCAGAUUCUCAGGGGUCGCCAUUGUGUGGAAAGGAGAUACCAGACCAACGAAGGGUAUGGUUCUCGGACAGAGGGGUGUGAUGGGGAUCCCCGCCUAAGGAUAACAUAAAGGCGGGUUAGGGAUACCCGGAGUUGUCGAGGCCUCCGAGGGAAUCCUCCGUUGUCUACCUUGAGCUAAACAGCGCGUGCCCGUGUCUUGGUCGUUAACAAUCAGCACGCGAGGGACGCGGCUGUGGAUGAGGCCUAGCCUGGGAGGGUCUGCCGAGUACCGGUGAAACAACGAAGACCGUUUUAGGGAAAACAACACCGGAGGAGGACAGAGGAAAUCUUACAUAACACCAUGAUGGAAGAACUGCACAGCCUGGACCCCCGACGGCAGGAACUGUUGGAGGCUCGCUUUACUGGGGUUGGUGUGGCAAAGGGCUCAGGUCAGAGUCAGAAUGAAUCGUCCAAUCAGAGUCUAUGCAGUGUGGGCUCUCUAAGUGACAAAGAGCUAGAGACUCCGGAGAAAAAGGCAAAUGACCAGAGAGCAAGAAAACGCAAAGCAGACCACUUUGACAGCAGCCAAGGCAAAGCAGGAGCAAGGGGACAUAAAAUUAGUGAUUAUUUUGAGUUUGCGGGAGGUAGUGGUCCUGGUACCAGCCCUGCCAGGGGAAUUCCACCAGUGGUCCGCUCUUCCCCACAACACUCUCUCUCCAACCCCCCUGUCACGGUGCAGCAGGGAAGCCCCUCUUCCGUCAGCUCGGUCAACACUGAGCACUCCUCAUGCUCAAUGAAGCCAACUUCUCUUCACAUGCUCCACAAAGCCACACAGUCUGACCUUACUAUAGAGAAACUAACCGCAAUGGAGAACAACAAGAACUCUGACCUGGAGAAGAAGGAAGGCCGAAUAGACGAUUUGCUGCGGGCAAACUGUGAUCUAAGAAGACAAAUUGAUGAACAGCAAAGGAUGCUGGAGCGAUACAAAGAACGCUUAAAUAAGUGUGUGACUAUGUCCAAGAAGCUGCUAAUUGAAAAGUCCAAACAAGAAAAGAUGGCAUGCCGGGAUAAAAGUAUGCAGGAUAGGCUUCGAUUGGGGCACUUCACCACAGUUAGACAUGGAGCAUCUUUCACUGAGCAGUGGACAGAUGGAUAUGCCUUCCAAAACCUUAUCAAACAACAAGAAAGGAUCAAUUCUCAGCGAGAGGACAUUGAAAGGCAGAGGAAGCUGCUGGCCAAACGCAAGCCGCCCUCUAUGGCCCAGACUCCACCACCAAGCCUGGAACAAAACAAACGCAAAAGCAAAGCUAAUGGAACAGAAAGCGAAACAUUAUCACAGGCAGAGUACCAUGAGCAGGAAGAAAUAUUUAAGCUGAGACUAGGACAUCUUAAGAAGGAGGAGGCUGAGAUCCAGGCAGAGCUAGAGAGAUUGGAGCGAGUGCGAAACUUACACAUACGUGAGCUGAAAAGAAUCCACAAUGAGGAUAAUUCCCAAUUCAAAGAUCACCCUACGCUAAAUGACCGAUAUCUGCUGCUCCAUUUACUCGGACGGGGAGGUUUCAGUGAAGUUUACAAGGCCUUUGACUUGACAGAGCAGAGGUAUGUGGCUGUUAAAAUCCACCAGUUAAACAAGAAUUGGAGGGAUGAGAAGAAGGAAAAUUAUCACAAACAUGCGUGCAGAGAAUAUAGAAUCCAUAAAGAGCUGGACCACCCGCGAAUAGUUAAACUCUAUGACUACUUUUCACUCGACACUGACUCGUUCUGCACAGUCCUGGAGUACUGCGAGGGCAAUGACCUGGACUUUUACCUGAAGCAGCACAAGCUUAUGUCGGAGAAAGAAGGCCGCUCCAUCAUCAUGCAGAUAGUGAAUGCCCUCAAGUACUUAAAUGAGAUCAGACCGCCAAUUAUUCACUAUGACCUUAAGCCCGGUAACAUCCUUCUUGUGAACGGCACUGCCUGUGGGGAAAUUAAGAUCACAGACUUUGGCCUUUCGAAGAUCAUGGAUGAUGACAGCUACAACUCCGUGGAUGGGAUGGAGCUGACUUCACAGGGAGCAGGGACUUACUGGUACCUGCCUCCUGAGUGUUUUGUAGUUGGCAAGGAACCACCAAAAAUCUCCAACAAGGUGGACGUGUGGUCUGUGGGUGUCAUUUUCUACCAGUGUUUGUAUGGUCGCAAGCCCUUUGGCCACAACCAGUCCCAGCAAGACAUCCUGCAGGAAAACACAAUUCUGAAGGCAACAGAUGUCCAGUUUCCCCCUAAACCCGUUGUUACACCAGAAGCUAAGGCCUUUAUAAGGCGCUGUUUAGUCUACCGUAAGGAGGACCGCAUCGACGUGCACCAGCUGGCCAGUGACCCCUUCCUAAUGCCCCACAUCCGAAAGUCGGUGGCCUCCUCGGGCACCUCCGGCAUGGCUGUGGCUUCCACGUCCAGCUCCUCCAACAGCAGCGCCUCAAACUGAGCACACACCCAUUAAGGGACUGACUGAAUCAUUUGAAAAGGGUGGGAUGGGGUGGGGGGUGAUGCCCUGCUGUCUUUCCCCCUCCCAGCAGCAUCCCACCUUGCCAUGAAAAGCUCAAGGGAAACUGGUCAGGUGGCAGCAAGGGGUGGGUGAGAAGUCACAAAGGGGUUGCGAAGGGAGGCUGUUGUCUUCCAUCCCUCUGAUGUCCACCCACCCCAACCCACCUAUCCUGCUUUUUCAAAAGGGUGGCAUUGUUCUGGGGGUCAAAGCCCUGGAUGACUCACACAGCAACGGGGCGAGAUUUGUCACUGUGUCGAUGAAAAGUGGGGUUUAGAGUUUCAGAUUUUUCUUUUCUGUUUAAAAAAAAGAAAAUAAAAUGAAGAGAAGAACUGCUUCAGCUUGGCCAGAUGGAAUCGGACCGCAAAAGGCCUCAUACCCAUGUGCACUCUCACACAUACAUCCAUGCAUGAGCCAUUCUGCUCCGAAGUAGUUGGAACUCCCCAAGUUCAAACAUUUUGUUUGUUCUCAUCUCUGUGAAGCAGAGAGCGCCAGUCUGGGCACAGUUGAAAACUACCUGUGGCGCUAUGUCAUCCAACUCCAUCAAAAAUUCCAGACCCACGUAGUUUGUGACAAGAAGGGACAGAAAUUACACCCCCACCCCCCCCAAAUCUUGCUCUCGUUCUCCCAUAUCCUCCUCAAACUCCUGUGACCAAAGCUUAUAACUUCCAGUUGGUGGCGGUGUUCCACCUCUGUUUUUAUAAUGGUUUUAGAGUUGUGCUACUUGACAUGAAGUGGAAGCUGCAAAGAAAAUAGCCCUUUUACCAUUGCUUUUUUUUUUUUAAACUGUUCAAAUUUAACCAGUUUAUGGAGAAAGCUGUUGUUUUCAAGUUGCCUUUAAUUAGAAUUGUUACUGUUUUGAUUCCACCCUCCCUUUCCAUAAACACAUAUUUAUUUAGGUAUGUUUGAAUUUAUUUUUGGCCAAUAAAAUGCAAGGGACUGGUUUACCGAAUAGUACUGUUGGGGGAGAUUGGGCCUUAGCAGAAAGUCGCAUAAACCAUUAAAUACUAUUGGUUAAAAUGUG